AUGUCCCAUAUCUCGUUGGAAUACCACAAUGUAGUCACCACAACCAAGACGGCGAGGAGGAUCAUCCCCCUAGCAGCAGGGCGGCCGGCGCUUCUUCCGGCGUUCGAAGCCCACCACCUCCCUGGCACGAAAUUCUUUGAUCAGUCCAUCAUCCGCGAUGCUACCUCCCCCUACCCCCUCAUGCUCCCUACCGCCGAAGCCUUUGCCGCCGCCAUGACAGCCCUCGACAUCCGGCCCGCCGACAUCUUGGUCGUGUACGACGCAUACGAGAUCGGGACCUAUAGCGCGCCGCGCGUGGCAUGGAUGUGCUCGUUCUUCGGCCACGGAGCGGUGCAUGUUCUGAACAACUUCCGCGUGUAUGUGGAUUUGGGAUACCCGGUGAGCUCGGGGGAGAUCUCGAAAGGGGGUGGAAUCCCAGGAGAGCCGGGGGAUGCGUAUCCCGUCGCGACGAUCCCGGAUCCUGAUAGAGUGAUCUUAUAUGAGGAGGUUAAGGGGUUAGUGGGGGACGAAGAGGUUAAGAUUGUGGAUGCGAGAAUCGCGGGCCGAUUCAGUGGGAAGCAGAGUGAGGAGGACACCAGCUUGCGGUCGGGACAUAUCCCUGGCGCAGUCAAUGUGCCUCUGGCAAGGCUAUUGGAUGAGACGUCCAAGGUGAUACUGCCCGCUGGCUCACUCAAGGACAUCUUUGAGGAAGCAGGAUUGUCCGUCGUGAACGAGGUCCCACGCUCGUGGAUUUUGACCUGUAACUCCGGCGUGACUGCCGCUGCACUGGAUCUAGCACUCUCGGAAAUCGGCGCGAAGGGCCCUAGAAGGUUAUAUGAUGGUAGUUGGAUGGAAUGGACAAGGCGAGCUGAGGAAGAGCUGGUGGUUGUUGACACGAACAGCUGAGGGUCACUAUCGAUCGUUAGUCAACAAGAUAAUAUGGUUUCGGCGGUGGCUACUGGUUCUACUGUGCCAACGCGCAUGGGUCCUGGCACGCCGCCUGCCAAGCUAUCUUGACGGCCAGAUGAACCCAACGAGCUGUAGCCUGCCCACCAAUGGCACUUUGGCAGACCUCUCAGAAUGCUGAAGGCGUGUAUGAUUUCGUGUUCUAUCGAUAACCGUUCUCGGCGAGUAAUAUGUGAUGAUGGCGUGAGUCGUGUAUUCUCAUCGCUCAUUCAUGAUCAUGCAUCGUGUCUGACAUGAAGCAAACAAAAACAACAACGCAAAAAAGAAAUAAUG